AAAAAAAAAAAAAAAAAGAACAAUCCAUGUUUAUUUCGGGGAUUUUAUUUGGAAAUAACAGCUCGGACUGAAGUUGUAUUAUUAACCGAAAUAAUGUGCAGUGUUAGAGAUAAAGUAGUCGAUGCCUCAACAGCGGCAGUUUCAUUUAACCGUUGUUUUAUGGGUUUUGCGUCGUGAUGCUAGUUUGUUAGCCGUCCUUUCUUGCUAGCCUAACACUGACAGCUAAUGUUACUAGCUGGUUAGCCGCUGUCAUGGACAGGGAGGCUUAUCAUAACUGCUGCAGCCUCGUCAAAAUCCCAAAGCAGUCCUACGAGCAGUUUUGGUCUUCACAUUUUGUCAAUUACAUCGACAAGGAGCUCAGUUAUUCUAAAUUCUUCAGAAAGUAUUUACUUCCCAAUCAUCCGUGUAUGUUUUCUAGGAGGUUUACUGAGGACUGGAAGUGUAGAAAACAAUGGGUGACUGAGGAGGGCAAACCUAAUUUCCAGAAACUGUUGCAAGAAUUUGAUGAGACUCCGGUUCCUGUUGCAAACUGCAAUGCAAAGGAGUACAAUGCAAACCCCAAACAAGUUAUGCCUUUCAAAGAAUUUGUACACUACUGGAAGGAGUACAUCCAGAAUGGCCACUCGUCACCUAAGGGAUGCCUUUAUCUUAAGGACUGGCACAUGUCAAGGGACUUUCCAGAACAUAAUGUUUACACUACACCAGUGUUCUUCUCCUCUGAUUGGCUGAAUGAAUACUGGGAUACACUUGAAGUGGAUGAUUACCGGUUUGUCUACAUGGGGCCCAAAGGUUCAUGGACUCCGUUCCAUGCCGAUGUGUUCCGCUCAUACAGUUGGUCUGCAAACAUCUGCGGCAGGAAGAAAUGGCUUCUGUAUCCACCAGGCCAAGAGGAGUUCUUACGAGAUUCGCACGGCAACCUCGCUUAUGAUGUGACCUCAUCUGAACUUCGAGACAGAGGCCUUUAUCCACACUCUGAGGAAGCUUGUCAACCUCUUGAAAUCAUUCAAGAGGCAGGUGAAAUCAUUUUCGUGCCCAGUGGUUGGCACCAUCAAGUUUAUAAUCUGGAGGAUACUAUUUCUGUUAAUCACAACUGGCUUAAUGGCUGUAAUAUUGACAUUAUGUGGCAGUUCCUUCAGAACGAGUUGUCAUCUGUCCAAAAAGAGAUAGACGAGUGGAGGGACACCAUGGACUCGUGGCAUCAGCACUGCCAGGUCAUCAUGAAGGCUAGUUCUGGCAUUGACUAUGGGGAAUUUGCUUCCUUUCUGAAAAUUAUUGCCGAAAACCGAAUUAGUUUCCUGAAUGCUUUCUCCUCUGGGGAUUCUGCCGAUUUUCCACGACAUCUGUCGGAUACACUCUCCACCCUUGGACCUUAUCACGCUGCCUUUGACCUACAAAGGGUUGCUCAUAUACUUGAAUGUCUACUGUGCAAUGAAGAUUUUAAGAGGCUUGAUCAUUCUGCACUGACCUUGCAGCCAGAAAGCAUGUUACAACAAAUCAGAGACAUCAUACUCUCCACCAGAGGGCAGCAUCUGCUUUAUCAAGAAUGAGAUACAAGAAGUGGCCUUUUAAAAAGUGCAUUUGUAUACUGAGCAGUGGUGGGCACAGCUAACGUCAGAGCUAGCUUUGGUAACCACAAAUCUGCUAAAACAUUUAGCUGAAGCUACUGCUAAUUUUUAAGCAUGCAGAGAUGGCGCAUGAUGCUGAAUGUCCCAGUUAUUAGGAAACCUCGUAUAGGAUUACACAUGUACAUUUGGAAUCAAUCAGAUGAGGUGCAUUGUUCAAUAAUGAUAUAAAGUCCAGUGUUAGUGGCUCUGUUGUUAACAUCCUGACAGAUAGCUGGUCCAAAAAUUCAUAGGAUGAGUAAACAGUGCAUGUUUAUGCUAUUAAUGUUGGAAUGAACUGGAUAGGAUGUUUAUAGUGUUGGAAGGAAAACAU